AUGUUUACAAGGGCCUCCUUUUGCUCCGCCUGCAAGCGGCCAGUGCCACUGCGGUUAUUCAGACAGCCGCAGAACCAAUAUUUACACGCGACGCCUGCAUUGGAGCUCCCGCGCCGGAAAGACUUCUUCUCGUCCAAUGCAUAUCUGUCACAAAAGCAGCCCAGUAAGGAAGAUGGUGCCGAGAUUUUAAGUAGGCGUGCAGCAAGAUCCCCGGCAGCUCCAAAAUCUCUACGACGUGUUGCGGUGGAAGCACAGAGGUCAAGAGAGGGAUCUGCCUCCAAGGCCCAACUUCGCGAGCAGGGCAUUUACCAGACCAAGAUAGUAACCGCCUACGCCGUUGCCGAGCAAUUUGACAUACGCAAAGUCCGAGACAUUUUACAAGAAAAAGGAUACGAGCCGGAUCCAUUAAACACUGGACUCUACCCACAAGUGGUUCAUGUACAGAUUCCCAUCGACUCAAUACGACGGGUCGGAAACCCAUCAACAACCGAUCUUUCCUCCGACGAAGUAGGCGACAUCUUCGUCUUCCCAUCCGGAACAGUCGUGGCCUGGGCCCUACCCGAGGGAUUUACAUCAUUUUUGGCGACAAGAACCCUUCUCCCGGCAGCUGAAGGAGCGCAUGUGGACGACUUGGAAACCGAAGACCUCGAGUUUGUGGAAGAUCCCAGACGGGAGAAUAGCAGUAUCAAGGGCGAUACCAUCAUCCUGGGGACGAAGUCCGGAAACGAGGCCCUAGAAGGUCCGCUCGCACAACAACAGUCCCUAGAUACCGUGUUGACCAAAGUUGCCUUCUCCUCUGGGCUGGCUCGGAGUACGAAAUUGGCCGUUCUUGAGACCCUCUUGUCAAACUAUUUCGAGUCAACCCGCACUAUCCCCACUCUUCUAUCUAAAGGCUCUCGACUGCCAUAUACGCGCGAUUUCAUUCUCCGCAAAACCGGACAAUUACUUAGUGUACGUGCACAGUUGAAUCUCUACUCUGAGCUUACCGACUCUCUUCCCGAUAUCUUCUGGGACAGUCGACAUGAGCUUGGAUUGGAGGGGUACUAUGAACAAGUGGGCCGCGGUCUCGAUGUAGGGAUUCGCAUCAAGCUUCUGAAUGAGAAGAUGGACUAUGCGCAGGAGAUUGCCAGUGUGUUACGUGAACGCCUUAGUGAAACCCACGGUCUCCGACUCGAGUGGAUCAUCAUUCUGCUUAUCGCCGUCGAGGUUGGCUUUGAGGUGCUCCGACUAUGGAAGGAGAGGGUGCACGAGCAAGAGGAACAAGAAAAAGCGCGCAAACAGGAGAACUCCAUCAUCUGA